AUGAUACCUGAGUUGGACAACUUCAGGAGGUGGGCAAAGUUAAUGGCCGAACGCGAGGUAACAGACUUUAAUACGAUAGAUGGAAGUCCAAAUUUGCAAACUCUUCAUCGUGAAAUUGAUUGGUUGAUCUCAGACAAUAUUGCAAGUGUGCAAGGUUUUGGUCAGAGUCUGAACUCUGUCAAACACGUAUCCUCUUUGCUGAACUCAUCGGAGCUCUAUUCCGUUACGCUCAGAUUAUCUAUUGAAGAACUUGAGCAUCUAUGGAGAAAACGCACGAUGGAGAGAGUCCCAUUGCAAUAUCUUACGCAUACAGCUCACUGGCGAGACCUUGAACUAACUGUCAGUGAUGCAGUACUGAUCCCAAGACCGGAGACUGAGCUCUUGGGUGCGCGUGUGUAUAAUCACUCCCUGGAUCGCGCUCGAGAUGGAAAAGGUUCUCAAGUCGUCCCUGAGAGCUGCGUUGGACUUCGGAUUCAGCGUGCGCGACUACGAGCUUCUUCCUCUUCAGAACUGUCUCGCCGAGACGAGCGGUGA